GGAUGCCUCUGGCCUGCGCUUUCAGUUGCUGCCACCCGGGCCAGGUACCCCGCGGACCCCAUAGGAAUAGAGACCGAGUGUGCAGUCUGCAGCGCCCGGUGCGCCCGCGGUCCUGGAACCAGGGGAAAGCUCUUUCUCUCAGGGCUACCGGCAUCUUUUCUGCUUGCAGAGGACAAACGUGGUCCGCCCUACAUCCAGGAAGCGCCAAGCCCGGAGCUUUGCUUACAAGCCCUUGGAGAGAAAAGCGGUCCUUUCUUUUCCGUCCAGCCUGUAACCGCUCUGGCUCAGGCACAUCACUGUGUGCUGUGUUCUCUGCAGUGGGCGCCCUGUCUUGGCUCUUUCCCUGCCCUUUCCAUCAGCUGCCAGACAGAUGCCCACAAACAGCGAACUGGAAAAGGAUGUCCGUGGGGUUCCGCGUUCGGUUCCGCGUUCGUGAAUUCAGGUCUUAAGUCUGCUACUCGCUGGCUACCUAACCUUAAAACAGCUGUCACCACUGUAAAGCCUUGCUGCUCAGUCUUGGCAACCACUACUCUACUUCCUGUUUCUAGGAAUUUGAUGACUCUAGGUGCUUCAUAGAAUCCAGGGUCCUACGAAGGGUUACAUAUGGCAGCAUGGCAUGCGAGGGAGAAGAGACGGGGAGAGAGGCCCAGCAGCUCGAUCUCUUGGCACAGAUGUCUGAGGGGCCCUUCUGAGUCCUUGGAUCCCCCGAAAAUCUCAGACACCCGAAGUUGUCGGUGGACUGUUAUCUGCUUCUUACCAAAUGUGGAUUCCAAGGAGACCAACGGAGUGUGGGGACCCCCAGGGGCAGAAAAUCCGUCCUUUAACACCUUUGACGCAUCCUUGACAUCCAUCUACAGCUUCGCUGAUGACCUGGGCUACCAGGGGAGCCAGGAGCUGACCAGUGAAGAAGACCCCAGCCUGCCGCAGUCCAAAAGGCAGAAGCGGAGCAAGGUGGCCAAUGUGUGCAUGAGGAAGGAUAAGGUGAAGGAGGAGGAGGACGAGGAAGAGGCCGAGAGUGCCACUCUGCCCCGGCGAUCCUUGAGGGUGAGACGCAAGCUGCCCCUGUACUCGCGGGCGUGCCAGCUGGGGCAGAAGAAACAACCUAGCACCCUGGGAAGCAGCCACAGCACGCCCACAUCCAAGACCAAGUCCUCCCGCUGGAGCAUAGCCGGCUUCCUCCAGUACCUGUGCAGCUGCUGUAGCUGGUGGUGCCUGAGGCCAGGGCAGGAUGAGCAGGGUGACCCCUAUGAGGAAGGUCCGGCCAGGAACCAGGAGAACCCCAACAGUAACCCUUUGUAAAUAAAGCAGUUUAUUUUUGAA